CUGGUUUUUAAGAGAAUUCUAUUGGAGUUUCCAAUGGGAACAGUGGCCAGGGUUGACUCUAGUCAGUUGAUCGCGAACUGUGUUUGGGCGAGCCCGCGCCCCUCGCUUCCAGUAACGGUAUAAAGUUUCGCCAGUUCAGUUCAAGUCCAAAUAGGCCCCAGUGAGUUGUCAUACAUCUUGGAUAUUUGUUCUGCAGCCAUUUUUGUGGUAACAAUAAAACCGGUAUCGAAAUGGAGCAGAUAACAAAACACCUCGUAAUUAUGGCGGCGCUAACGAUAGCCCAGCCCGCCAUCACCGCCAAGGACGACCACAGCAUAGAGUAUUACCACAUGCCAGUGUUCACCAACAUCUGUGACAUCGUCGACAGGAGAUCCCUAGUCCACUGCUACUGUGACAGCACCAAACCAAAGAUGGCCACCCGAGCAGACUGCUGGAUAUUCACCGGAGGAAUCGCCCCAGAAGACCCCAUCUGGCCAAACUUCUCCUCCCAGUCUGAAUUAGAACACUUGAUGUUCAACGUUCGAUCAGAUGAAGCUCUAACCUUCAUACCCGCCAAAGCCAUCGUUAGACUCGAAAGACUCAAACACAUAUCUAUACAAUUUGGAACGAUACAAAGUAUACCACCUUAUGCGUUCACCAACUCAUCUACUUUAAGACAAAUCAGCUUAAGAUCCAACAAAAUAUCAAUCCUGGAGCGACAUUCAUUCGCACAAAUGAUGAUGCUGUCCAAUCUAAGUUUGGACGACAAUCAAAUCACGGAACUUAGACGCGACGUAUUCUUCGGACUGCCUAAUUUACAUGUCUUACAUUUAUCAAAUAAUAAUCUAAGUUUGAUCCACGAGGGAUGCUUCAAACAUCUGAACAAUUUAAUAGAGUUGAAACUGGAUUUGAAUUCCAUAUCAGUUGUUACGAGGGAAAUGUUUGAAGGGCUGGAGAAUCUGUCUCGUUUAAAUUUGAGGAGCAAUCGUUUGACUAUGAUAGGUAAUUUGGCGUUUAGUGAGCUCUGGGGCUUGAAAGAUCUAAUGCUGGACAACAACGCUAUCGAGUACGUCUCGGAACGUGCGUUCGGAGGUCUGACGCAGCUGCGGAAACUUACAAUCUCCGGAAACAAAUUGACGGCUUUCUACGAGGACAUUCUCGAAGAUAUAAGGAGCCUAAUAGUAUUAGAUAUGAGGGACAACCUCCUGGAGUCGAUGUCUUAUGAAACCAUUAGGCCGGUCGUCGAGAACGGGAAAUCCGCUUCGAAAGCGGUUUACUUGGACGGCAACCCUCUUCGGUGUGAUUGCCGGCUCUCCUGGAUAUACCUUUUAAGAAACGAGACCAAAGACAACACCCUGAAGCACGCCCUCGAAAAAAUAUCGUGUCUCAGCGAUACCGAGAAGCGACCAGAUAAAGCCAAUGAAAUAGAUGACAACACACUUGCCGAUGAGAAUUACGGCGAAGAAUAUUACGAUAAAAAUGAGGAUUAUGUUAAUAAGGAAAAGUUAAAAGGGAAGUUUACUAAACUUACAGAUAUUCCACUAGAAACGCUUCCAUGUCCGAAAGAGCUGCAGGCUGUUGAUGAAUCGUAUGGGCAUCCGAUUCAGAAUGAAAUUAGAUUAAAAGCGUUCUCGAAAGGGCGCAGCAUCGCACCCAGCUUGAUACUCAUUUUAUUGGUUAAGCUAAUUUAAAUUAUAAGAUAAAUUCAUGGCACUCUAAAUAA